UGCUUCAGUGCCCUUCACAGAGCCGCCUGUGCCCCUCUCACCACCCAAAUCCAUUUCAUGCCCUCGCUCUCACCAGCCGCUGCGGGCAAUUUGUGACCAAACGACGUGGCAGGCCGGUAAUGAAGCAUGAAGACCGAGGAGGAGGAAAGAGAUGAGAUGGCAGGAGUCAUCGUCAACCGCUUUGCAGCAGAGCCCCUAUCAUCAGGGAAUGGACAUGUCUUUAGUAGGAUGGAGAUACAAGACGAUGAGGAGCACCCAGAAUCACCCAGAACCCCCACAGAAAACAGCAACGUCUGUGAGACCCCCACACAGAUUAUCAACAGCGACGGUGACGCAUCGAGAUUUGGGCUCCUAAACACAUCCAGAAAAUAUGUGAAUCUGAUGAACUUCCAGGAGGAGGUUCGGGCACACAGGGAUCUGAACAGCUUCCUGGCACAGGCCAGCAUCCUGCUGGACGAGACGGCCGCCUCUCUGGACGAGGUGCUGCGGCGCAUGCUGCAACACGUGGCCCGGGACGGCCAGGGCAGCUGCGACCAGCGGGAGGUCAUCAGUGCCCUCUUCACCGACGCUGGAGGACAGGAGGCCAGCGUGCACCUGCUGACCGAGACCAUUCAGGCCGUGACAGCCACCGCCACCGGGGUGCGUUACCAGCAGUCCUGGCUUUGUGUGCUGUGUAAUGUGAAGAGUCUUCAGCGGCGCUGUGUCUGCAUCACUCGCUUGGAAAGGCCUCAGAACUGGGGGGUGAACUGCUGUGAAGUUCGUUUUGUUAUCCUCAUUCUUGCACCACCCAGAACAAAAAGCACCAAGACGGCCAUAGAGCUCGGCCGCACCUUCGCCACCUUGUUCUCAGACAUCUCCUUCAGACAGAAGCUCCUGGAGACCAAGACUCAGGACGACUUUAAGCAGGAGCUGGUGCACCAGAUGCAGCUGCUCUCCUCUGCUGAACACAAGGCCUCCAUAGAGGAAGAGACCGGCCCACACAUCAACAAACCACUCAAGGUAAAAGAAUUUCUGCAAGCUGGUCGUGGAAUUUAUGAAGAUCUCAGCCGUAGACUUCCAUAUUACGUCUCCGAUUUCACUGAUGGAAUGUAUGGAAGUAACAGAUCUCUGCUGAAAUACACUACAACUGCCAUCUUCCUCUACAUCGCCAUCCUGCUGCCGGCCAUCGCGUUCGGCUCCCUCAACGAUGAGAGCACACGGGGCGAGAUAGAUGUCCAGAAGACUAUUGUAGGUCAGAGCAUUGGUGGGGUGAUCUACUCCCUGUUGGCUGGAUCUCCAAUGGUCAUUCCUAUUACCACGGCACCUCUCGCCAUUUUUAUUAGUGUGUGUUUUUCUGCUGUUGCAGUUAUCAGAGGUAUCUGCGAUGAUUACGACCUUGACUUCCCGGCCUUCUACGCUUGUAUCGGCCUGUGGAACAGCCUGUUCCUCAUCCUGGGAGGCCUCUUCAAUAUCAGCUUGUUUAUGAAGCUUUUCAAACGCUCCACAGAAGAAGUCAUAGCUUUGUUCAUCUCGAUUGCCUUUGUGGGAGACGCUGUGAAAGGCACCAUCAAAAUCUUCCAUAAAUACUAUCACGGGCCAACGCUGGUGAACAGCAGUGCUGUGGAGAUUCAUCACCUGGCUGACAUGAUCCAGCAUCCUGACAGCAGCAGCAGCAGCACAGCCCCGUCUCUGUCCGCAGUACUCACACUGUGCACCAGGGAGCGCCCUAUCCUCUGUCUACUGCUUAUGCUGGGAACCCUGUGGCUCGGCUAUGUUCUUUUUCUCAUCAAAAGGAGCCCGUUUCUUCACGCUAAAGUCAGGGAGGUGGUGUCGGACUGUGCUUUGCCCAUUUCAGUGGUCAUAUUCUCCUUUGUGGGCUCCUAUCUCUUCAUAGACAUUGAGCUGCCUGUGUUUAACUACUACAACGGCUCCAUAUUCAACAUAGCUCCUUUAGAUAAGCUCUCAGGGAUGAACGUACUGAGCGCGUGUGGCCUUGGCUUCCUCCUAGCCUUGCUCAUCUUCAUUGACCAGAACAUUGUGAUCUCCCUCACCAAUGCCCCGGAGAACAGAUUGCUGAAGGGAACGGCGUACCACUGGGAUCUCAUGCUCUCUGGAUUUAUCAACAUCUUGAUGUCGGUGCUGGGGUUGCCAUGGAUGCACGCAGCUUUCCCCCAUUCCACCCUGCACGUCCGCCAGCUAGCUAAGGUAGAGCAGCGCGUGGAACAGGGACACCUCUAUGAGACGAUCGUCAGCGUGAAGGAGACUCGUCUGACAUCACUUGCUGCGAACGUCCUGAUUGGUUUGUCCGUGUUCCUGCUGCCUUUACCGCUGCAGUGGAUUCCUAAACCCGUCCUCUACGGCCUCUUCCUCUACAUCGCUCUCACCUCCAUCGACGGCAACCAGAUGUGCGACCGGAUCGCCCUUCUGCUUAAAGAGCAGACUUCAUAUCCACCCACACACUACAUUCGCCGAGUGCCUCAGAGGAAAGUUCACUACUUCACAGGUCUACAGCUGAUCCAGCUGAUCAUCCUCUGUGCCUUCGGGAUGUACCCUCUGCCUUAUAUGAAGAUGAUCUUCCCCUUGCUUAUGAUCCUCCUCAUUCCUGUCAGGAACAGCAUGCUGCCGAAGAUCAUUGAAGCCAAAUACUUGGACAUCAUAGAUGCUCAGCACAUGUGAUGAGUAAUUGAGAACUAUCAGAGAGUUGUAAAUAGGAGAGAAAAAUGAAAAAUGUGCUUCUGAAAGAAAGCAGAAGUAAUUUUAACCUAGAAGGGUCAAGGCCUAGUUCUGAAUAUUAAUACAAGUGUGUGUUUUUUUUUUGUAUA